UAAAUUUUGGUACGAGUCCCUCCCACUCUCUUUGAUCCUUUCCCAACCGACCAGAGUUUAUGGACUAUAGUAUGUUAGAGCUAAUUGCUCUCUUUACUCUUAUAUAGUUAUUAUUAGGAUUAUCUCUUUCCUUGUCCAUCUUUCUGAUCUAUUAUCUCACCAUUAACUUUCAUUUCUCCUUUCUCUCUCCCCCUUUCUUUCUCUCUCUAAGAUUGAUGUAACCUAGGCAAAAAUUAUCAACAUUUUAUCUAAUAUAAACUUCUUAUUCCUGUUAGAAACUGAAUACUGAUAAAAAUUCAGACCUAUAUAAAAUUAUUAUAUAAUCAAUGGACUUCAGUACUUCAUCAGAACGGGUCUGUUAUGUGCACUGCACUUUCUGUAACACCAUUUUAGCGGUGAGUGUCCCUUGCUGCAGUAUGUAUAAUUUGGUAACAGUGAGAUGUGGUCAUUGUGCCAAUCUUCUUUCUGUUAACAUAGGACUUUCUCCACCACCUGUCCCUCUCCAAGACAAUUUCCAUUUGUUGAGGCAGCAAUACUAUAAUAAUCAAGAUAAUAUGAGCAAGGACAGUAGUUUAUCAGCUGCUUCAUCUUCUUCAACUAUUACUACACUUGCUUCUGAUCAGCUUGAAAAUCUACAGCCUCGACCACCACCCAUUCGUCCCCCAGAAAAAAGACAACGUGUUCCUUCAGCUUAUAAUAAAUUUAUAAAGGAGGAGAUCCAAAGGAUAAAAGCCAGCAAUCCCGAAAUCAGUCAUCGAGAAGCUUUCAGUGCUGCUGCUAAGAACUGGGCACAUUUUCCUCAUAUUCACUUUGGCUUAAAUCUGGAUGGACAAAGACAAGCAAGAUUGGACCAGGCAGUUGAUGGGGAAGGGACAAAUAACAAGUCUCAUGGAUUCUACUAAUCACUCUCUAUUAAUUCUACUUUUCUUCUUUUUUUUUUUUUUUUUUUUUUUUUUUUUUUUUGUCAUCACACAGAACUCAUUAAUUAGCUAUGCUCACCAAAGCUAAGCUAAUUUUGUUCAUCAUGUCUUUAUACACACUAAAGUGACUAUAUUUAUAAUACUAAUUAAUGUUGUUAUCA